AUGGGAUUGCCUAGAGCGUUAGGCACGAGAGCAUCCGACAUUCAAAUAAAAUCAAACAUACUACCAAUGUUAAAAUAUUUGUUACAGCACCAUACCACAUCACCUCGACAACGAAUUUUUGUCCCAUUGAUUAUCUUGGUCUUGGCGACUUUCUAUUUUCUAACCAGCCAUCCGAGGUUCAAAUUAUCCUACUCACCUCAUAUUCCUCUCACAUCUCAGCCUCAAACUAACAAUGAAAAUACACAUUGGUCAAAGCUCCCGGAAAGGUAUCCAGUCACAUCUCUUAUCCCACUUCCAACUGGAACUCCUCAAGAUAUUCCGUCCGUCCAAGCUCCAUCACCAGAGGAGACAGAGUCUCAACGAGAAGAACGCUAUCGUCGCAAGAAAGCUGUGAUGCAGAGUUUCUCUCAUAGUUGGGAUGGUUACAAAAAACAUGCUUGGCUUCGAGAUGAAGUUACGCCUUUGUCCGGGAAAUAUAAAGAUACCUUUUGCGGUUGGGCCGCUACCCUUGUAGACUCUCUUGACACUUUGUGGCUUAUGGGUAUGAAAGAGGACUUCGAAAUUGCGGUUAAGGCCGCGUUAUCAAUUGACUUCACCCUCAUGCAAGAGACCGAUCCAAAUAUCAAUGUCUUUGAAACUACGAUUCGUUACAUGGGUGGAUUUCUUGCAGCGUAUGAUAUUAGCGAAGGAAAGUACCAAGGGCUCCUAUUCAAAGCAGUUGAGGUUGGAGACCUUUUGAUGAGUGCAUUUGACACUCCGAACCGCAUGCCUGUUAGCAGAUGGCCAUGGAAGGAUUACUUAGCAGGAAAAGCUCAAAAAGCCCAGGAAAACCUGAUUGUCUCUGAACUUGGCUCUCUCAGCUUAGAAUUCACACGUCUCUCCCAACUAACAGGUGACGCAAAGUACUAUGAUGCUGUUCAAAGAAUUUCCGACGUCUUGGAAGCAUCCCAAAAUAGUACCCAACUUCCCGGAAUGUGGCCAGUAAACGUCAACGCUGCUCAACUCUCUUUUGAUUCAGGAAACUUUUUUUCUUUGGGCGGCAUGUCUGACUCGCUGUAUGAGUACUUACCAAAGCAGUAUAUUCUUUUGGGUGGCUUAAUCAGUCAGCCCAAAAAGCUAUAUGAAAAUUUCAUUGAGGUAGCGAAAGAAUACUUAUUCGUCCGCAUAUUUAACGAGCACAACGCCAAUUUAUCAAUCUCAGGCGAUGUGCGCGUCUCACAGGCUAGCCUAACUAUGGAUGCUCGCAACCAGCAUCUUACUUGUUUUGUUGGUGGUAUGGUUGGACUUGCAGCCAAAGUUUUAUCCCGACCUUCUGACCUUAUUGUUGCCGAAGAACUCACUCAAGGAUGUAUUUGGGCAUAUGAUGUUAGUCCCAAUGGCGUUGCUCCAGAGAUAUUUUCUCUUAGUCCUUGUCUCCACAACUAUUCCUGCGAUUGGGACGAUACAGUUUAUGAAGAAGCUAUAAAUAAAUAUUAUGGUACUGGAGGGGCAGAAUCCGCCAAGGAAAGGAAAGAUCAAGCAUUAAAAACAAUACACGAUUUGAGAUUGCCUAGAGGCUUCAUUGCUACUCUCGAUCACAGAUACGUCCUUCGUCCUGAAGCUAUCGAAUCUGUCUUCAUACUUUAUCGCAUUACUGGUAAAACACUUUAUGCCGAUGCAGCCUGGCGUAUGUUUCAAGCUAUAGAGAAGAUCUCUCAGACCCCAAUCGCAGCUGCCGCUCUGCACAAUGUUAUGGUAGAUCCAGACACGAUUGACGAUGAAAAAAUAGAUAGCAUGGAGAGCUUUUGGUUGGCGGAAACGCUGAAGUACUUUUAUCUCUGCUUUGAAGACUGGAAUGUGCUCAGCUUGGACGAGUGGGUCUUCAAUACCGAAGCACAUCCAUUUCAGCGGCCCAAAAACAGAAAUUCCAUGCAAAAUGUUGCCAAACCUGAUGCUAUAACGAUCCGAAAAAAUUUUGGAAUGAUAGAGAAGAAGUCUGAAAAUUAUGAGCUCCAAUUAUCGUAG